CAUCAAGAUGCAGCUCUUCUUGCGUGCCCAGAACACUCACACCCUUGAGGUGACCGGACAGGAGACCGUCAGAGACAUUAAGGCCCAUGUCCAGGCUGUUGAGGGUCUCCUGGUUGAGGACCAGGUGCUGCUGCUCGCCGGAUGCCCGCUGGAGGAUGAGUCCUCCCUGGCAUCCUGCGGUGUCUCGGAGCACUGCACCCUGGAGGUGGCUGGCAGGCUGCUGGGAGGUAAGGUCCACGGCUCUUUGGCCCGUGCCGGAAAAGUGAGGGGACAGACACCCAAGGUUGACAAGCAGGAGAAGAAGAAGAAGAAGACCGGCCGUGCUAAGCGUCGCAUCCAGUACAACAGGCGCUUUGUGAACGUUGUGCCCACCUUCGGUAAGAAGAAGGGACCCAACGCCAACUCCUAAGUGCUUUAAUGCCGGAGAGGAGAAACUCAACCAUCCCAUCAGUUUUUACCAAGUUCCAUGUUAUCUUCUUGUACAGAUUAAAGAUUUGGCUUGGACAAAAUA